UCUGAUCUCCAGAGCUGUAAAUCAGGAAUUGGGGUGUUCUCAGCCUCUAAGUCUGUCGCAGUUGCUAACAGCAGCAACAGAAAACUACUGAAUGUUCAGUUCAUGUAAAAGCUCACUGGCUUCAUCCAUUCACACACUCGCUCAGCUACUGAAAACUUCCCAAGGGCAAAGCAGGGUGUUGGGGCCUUCUCAGAACAGGGUAGGCACAGAGGUGAGGUUUGUGCCUGGUGCCCAUGAGUGUAGACAAGGGACUGCAGAGAGAUGGGAAGAAAUGAUACCCAGAGAGGAACAAAAGAUGAGGGACUUUUCAGCCCGCUUUGGCCAAAGAUAGUAUCGCAGAUCCUGCUAUUCUCUUCGCUCUACAAAUUGCUGUAUUUUAUGGCCCAGAUUCGGGUAAGAGUCGAUUCAUCGCUUUUCUGCUAUCCCAGAAAAAUGGGCACUGCUUCUAUGCUUCCUUGCAUCCUGAGUUGGAUUUCCGGCUGCUUCCUCCGUUAAAAUCAAGCAGAGCGUUAGCAAGUCUCAGCCAAAGCGUAGACUUCAACCGGCCACAAGAGUGUGCCUGUGAGGUGACUGCAGGUUUUUUUCCCCCUGCCAAACCAGAAUUAGCCGGUAUAGGAACCAACGAGUGUGGAGAUUUGAAAUUGCACGGAUUGGAAGGAAGCUCGGGUGAGCCUCGGACACCUCGGAACGCACCUUUUUAAAGGCGCCCGGACGGGAGCAUCGAGCUUUAGGGUCCACCUGGCCGUGCAGCGAGCGGCGGACCAGCCCGGGAGCCCGCGCCGCGCACGGAGUUGGGCGCAGAGCCGAGCCCGGACCCCGCGUCUGCAGGAUGAUCGGCGACCUCGCGGCGCAGCUCGAAGCCCAGCCGCCCCGGGGGCUCCGAGCCGAGCAGCAAGUUCGGCAGUCGGGGCCGGGAGCCGAGUGAGGCCCGAGCCCGGCGGGCUGCAGGCGAUAACGUGCUUUGGACAACAGAAGAAACAGAAGGAUUGUCACACGUGCCCAUUUUCGGACCCCCCUCUAGAGUUCACACUUUAGCCUGGCCUUCUUUCCGGUCUUCACAGAGCCUCGCAGUUCUGUGGUUACUUGGCCCUGGGCCAGUGCUUGAGGCUAAUGCUCCACCCCACACUGGCUGCAGCCCAGCCCGAAGGCAACAGUGUUUCCCGUACUAGACUCUCCUCACAGAGCUUGGCGGUGAUUGGCUGAUUAACAGAAAAUCUUGGAAAAUGUACACGAGUCACGAAGAGAUUGGGUACGAUUUUGAAGAUCACCCCAAGGAGAAGAAGACCCUCAAGCCCCACCGGGACAUCGACGGCGGGUGGGCUUGGAUGGUGGUCCUCUCGUCCUUCUUCGUGCACAUCCUCAUCAUGGGCUCCCAGAUGGCCCUGGGUGUCCUCAACGUGGAGUGGCUGGAGGAAUUCCACCAGAGCCGUGGCCUCACCGCCUGGGUGAGCUCGCUGAGCAUGGGCCUCACCCUGAUCGUGGGACCUUUCAUCGGCUUGUUCAUUAACACCUGUGGGUGCCGCUGGACCACCAUCGUGGGAGGACUGCUGAACUCGCUGGGCUGGGUGCUGAGUGCCUAUGCUGCCAAUGUGCACUGUCUCUUUUUCACUUUCGGAGUGGCAGCUGGCCUUGGCAGUGGCAUGGCCUACCUGCCUGCAGUGGUCAUGGUGGGAAGGUAUUUCCAAAAGAGACGAGCACUGGCCCAGGGACUCAGCACCACGGGGACAGGGUUCGGAACGUUCCUGAUGACUGCGUUGCUCAAGUACCUGUGCGCAGAGUAUGGCUGGCGCAAUGCCAUGUUCAUCCAUGGCGCCGUAUCCUUGAACCUGUGUGUGUGCGGGGCACUCAUGAGGCCCCUCUCUCCCAGGAAAGAUGGAGAUCACUCAGCAGGGGAAGACCCCCGAGUAAUCCCAGCUCCCUCCAUGGAAUCUGUCAAGUCAAGUGAACAACUGGGCAGUGCAGAGGAGAAAGACAGCGUGCCCAGGGACGAGGGGAACCUCUGCAACCUUCAAGACCAGGAGUGCCGAGGUCAGGCCCGGCCCACAGAGAACAUGUGCGCCCUCCGAGUUCUGAAGAGCGUGAGCCAGAUCACCCUGCUGGUCCGGAAGGGUUUCCGGGACUGGUACUCAGGCUAUUUUGGGACAGCCUCCCUCUUUACUAAUCGGAUGUUUGUAGCCUUUAUUUUCUGGGCUUUGUUUGCCUACAGCAGCUUUGUCAUCCCUUUCAUCCACCUCCCAGAAAUAGUCAAUUUGUAUAACUUAACGGAGCAAAAUGAUGUUUUCCCCCUGACUUCAAUUAUAGCAAUACUCCAUAUCUUUGGGAAAGUGAGCUUGGGCUUUGUGGCCGACCUGCCCUGCAUCAGCGUCUGGAAUGUCUUCCUCAUAGCCAACUUCACUCUGGUCCUCAGCAUUUUUAUUCUGCCUUUGAUGCAUACCUACACUGGCCUGGCCAUCGUCUGUGCGCUGAUCGGGUUCUCCAGUGGGUAUUUCUCCCUGAUGCCCGUGGUGACGGAGGACCUGGUCGGCAUUGAACACCUGGCCAAUGCCUAUGGGAUCAUCAUCUGCGCUAACGGUGUCUCUGCCUUGCUGGGCCCGCCCUUUGCAGGGUGGAUCUACGACAUCACACAGAAGUAUGAUUUUUCCUUCUACAUCUGUGGCUUGCUCUACAUGGUAGGGAUCUUCUCCUUACUCAUCCAGCCCUGUGUCCAGAUGAUAGAUCAAGCCAGGAGAGGACGUGCAGACAGCACACACGUCUAGUGCCACGUGGGGCCCUGUGGACGGCCUUGUGGCACUCCUGCCUACCUCCCAUGGCUGCUGUGAGGAGCCACUGAUGAAGGGCAGCAUCCCUCAGAAAGGCCACUGUCCCUGCUUCAUUUGGAAGCAGCACUACCUCUUGGUCUGGGGAGAGGCAGUGCUAGAAGGUUUUAAAAACUAGUUUUCAGAGACAACAGUGUUUACAGCCUUUAAAACAAUUGGUAGAAAUGCCCUCAAAACUACUCUCUCUCACCAGGCUCAGUGAUGCACUCCUAUAAUCUCAGUACUCAGGAGGCUGAGGCAGGAGGAUCACUGCAAGUAGCCAGCCUGGGCUACAAAGUUAGUUCAAGGCAAGCCUGAGCUAUGUGGUUAAACCCUGAUUAAACAACAACAGCAAAACCUACUCUCUCUCAUCAUCCACUGGGAUUAGGGCUUUAACUACAAACAUAGACAGGGAAUAAAAGCUUUUCAACUCAACUACUUCUUUGUAAAGUAUCUGCAUGCUUUCAGAAAGCAUACAGAUAAAUGGGUUUCAAGCACAAGACUGUGACUGGAUUUCAGAAAUAACUAUUACAAGGACUUCUUGAUCUACCUGUAUAAUACAAAGGCAGGCUCCAAUUCCAAACGCAAUACAAUUUGGUACAAUUAAAGAAACACAGUUUAUAUUUUUAUGAAAGAAUCCUGCAGGAGGAUUUAUCGAUCUUCCUCUAUCAGAUGGUGUAUGGCAUCAAUUCUAACUCAAUUAUACAGUAAUAAAAGAUGAAUCCAGUAAUAAACUGAAUCUUCAGAUAAAACUUUAACAAGUAAAUACUAUUAAUAAUUUCCUUAACAGAAGCUGUAUUUGUAUACACAUCCGUUGAAUCAAGGGCUAUGAUUCAGGCAUUUUUAUUCAUAUCAUUGGCCUCUGUCUUAGAGUAUUAGUGUGAUCUGAGAGGCCUUGAACAAUAUUUUCCAAGUUUCACCUGCCCAAUAAAUAGAUUGUAGAACUAAUUGCUGGUGAUAUGUAAAGUGAGUAGUUAAAUCUCUUGAAAGGCAUGUUGCUCAUCUGAAUCAUGAGACUGUCCGAGAGUGAGGAUAAUAAGUAGAUGCUCCUGCUCUAGAUGACAGUGCCCCAGGCCUUGGGGUAGUGGUGACAAAUAGCUUGUUUCCAAUGUCUCUGUUGUUGCCUGGAUCAUUCACUUGCUGGAGCUCAGCACAGUUCUAAAAAUACUUCUCUUCAUUGACUUCUUACAUGAGAUGACUGUGAUCCACGUCGUCAAAUACCCUCCUUUAUCUGAGAUGUCUAUUUUUCUAAGCCAAACACUUUUCAGACUGCAGAAUGUUCUUCGCAGAAUCAUUUUGAAAUUUCUAGCUGCCUUACUUGUUUACAUGUUAUGUUAAAACUAUUUAAAUGUCUUCUUAUAGGGCUGGAGGUGUAGCUUGGGGGGCGAGCACUUGCUUAGCAGGUACAAGGCCCUGGGUUUCAUCUGCAGCACCGCAAAACAUAAAUAAAUUUCUACUUAGGAUUUGCUCUUCCACAAAAUAAAACCUUUGGGCUGGGGAUUUAGCUCAGUGGUGCCACCACCUGCCUUGCAAGCGUAAGGUCCUGAGUUCGAUCCCCAGUACCAAAAAAAAAAAAAAAAAUCCUUUAAUGUCACAGUAGUGUGUGGGGUUAAACUCGUCUAAAAUGAAUGUAUUUGUCACCACUCAGUUAUCUUUGGCAGUUAGAAUAGGAAUGCUACUAGGAACUGGGACCACAGAAUGUUACCCCACACCUAAUGUUAGCCAGCAGCUUCAGUUGGAUUCUGGCAAGCCCUUCUGAGCUGUUUACAAGUGAUUAAGCAGACAAGUCUCCUUUUGCGCAUCUCCAUUAUUUACCCCCCUCUGAGGUCUAGUGGGAGGAUGUGUAAUGAAAGGACCAAAAUAACAAUAAUAAAAGGCAGCUAAUGGGAAGGAAAAACAAAAGCCUGGCUAAUAUACACACCAUUACCUCCAAUGACUUGAGAAUUGCCUGUAAACUACUGUAGAUAAUAAAUCGCAUGUCAUAUGCUAUCUGGUUUAACACAACAACCUAUUUGUUAUCAUUACAAUUUUGACUACUAUUAAAGAAGCCAGCUCUCUGUUUUGAUAAAAGUAAUCUUAAAAGCUGAGGCAAUGCUAUGUGUAUUUACUGAAACAUUGGGGGGAUUAGAUUGAAAGACAUAUUGUGUGUUUUAAAACUUCACUACUUUCAUUUUCUGACAACACCAACUUAACAGGAGGCAGUGUUAAAUAUUUUGAAUGGUGCUAUUGUGUUCGGAUGCUCACACUGGCAGGUAUGCAUCAUAACUGACCCAGCUUUAAUUACAUCCAAGUCAGACCUGCUCACGGUCACUUUGUACAGUUCAGUGACUUACUGUAUUUAUGGAAGUGGUGACUCCUACCGAAUCAGUAGAAGUUCCCUUUUUACAAAAAUAGAGUAAGACCUGCUUGCAAUAUUCAUGUUGACAUCAGAAUAAUGCGAAGAAUUACAGCAAGUAUUUCCUGUUUGUUAUUAUACAGUUCUUUGAAGAUAUCAUAAAGGUUUAAUUGUAUAUUUAUAUCAUGUGCUUUAUGGUUUUCUCCUCAUAUUCCCAAGUGAUUUUUUUAUUUACAUAUAUCUAAAUAAAGUUUGUCCUCUUUAAAGGUGA